AUGACGACGCUUUUCUCUCUGCAUUUUUUUCCUUUCAAAGACACUGAUGUCUUUUUUUCUUUUUCAGAUUCGCUGAUUCUUUUUCUCUCUCCUACCAUUCCAUCAUCACUUCCUUUCUUUCUUUCUUACGACGCUCCUUCUUCUCUUUCUGUCUAUCUAUUUUUCCUUCUUUCUUUCCCUACGUUUUUUUAUUCCAUUCCUGAUCCUUUUUCUUUCUCCCUAAUUUUAUUCCUCACUUCCUUGAUUCCUUUCUUACAUCUUUCCAUCUUUUCUUUCUAUAUCUUUCCUCCCUCCCUUCCUUACUUCCUUUCUUUCUUUCUUUCUUUCUUUCUUUCUUUCUUUCUUUCUUUCUUAUUCCAUUCCUGCUUUUUUCUUUCUCCCUCCUUUUAUAAAUCACUUCCUUUCUUUCUUACUCUUUUUCUUUCUCCCACCAUUCAUGACUUCCUUUCUUUCUUACGUCUUUCAUUCUUCUCUUUCUCUCUUUCUAUCUUUACUCUUUUUUCUUCCAUUUCUUUCCUGAUUCUUUUUCUCUCUCCCUCCAUUCCUGCAUCACUUUCUUUCUGUUUUACUUUUUUCCUUGUUCUCUUUCUGUCUAUCUAUUUUUCCUUCCUUUCUUCUUUCCUUCCUUCUUUCUUUCCUUUCCUUCUUUUUUCUUAUUUCAUUCCCGAUUCUUUUUCUCUCUCCCUCCAUUCCUGCAUCACUUCCUUUCUUUCUUUCGCCUUUCCUUCCACCAUUAGAAUAAAAAUAAAAUAA